UUCCUAAUCCAUAGGAUUUGGCCCCACAAGGUUUAGGAGAGUGUUUAUGGGAAUUGUUGGCCAUUCUUCCAGAAGUGCAUUUAUGAGGUCAGACACUGAUGUUGGAUGAGAACGCCUGGCUCUAGCCUCUGGUCUCCGCUCUAAUUCACUUCAAAGUUCUUCUAUUGGGUUGAGGUGCAGGCCAGUCACACUUCCACACCCAACACACUCAUCCUUGUCUUUAUGGAUGUUGGGAACAGUUUGGGGACGGCUAUUUCCUGUUCCAACAUGACUGAGCACCGGUGCACAAAGUGACGUGUAAGGUCAUAAAUUCCCAUAAACACACUCCUAUAACUUAUGGAAAGCCUUUCCAGAAGAGUUAAAGCUGUUAGUGCUGGGUGAACAUCAUGUUAAAACCUAUAGAUUAAGAAUUGAAUGUUACUCAAGUUCGUUUGCAUGUGAAGGCAGACGAGCGAAUACUUUUGGCAAUAUAGUGCAUAUUGUAAAUAUAGGCAUAGACAUAAUGAAACUAAAAGCCUGUGUUAUUAUUUCGAAUUUAUUACCCUCAUAUCUUUCCUAUCAGAAGACACUCAGGGAGGGUGAAAGGUAACUUCAAGUCUUUUUUUUUAUUGCUGCUCACUGAAAAAGCGCUAUCUGCCCUUUUCCACAUAUUUGAGCUCACAGAUCGUCAUGAUUGGCCAGAGCUGAUGGGAUUUCUCAGAAACAAGCAUGCCGUCCCUCACCCUGCCAGGUUUACUCUCAUCAUCCACUCGAUAUCACAUUCGUGUCAAUGCACUAAGGAGAUAAAGGAGGAGGAGGUGUAAAAGUCAGCAGUACAACCAUGAGCGUGACAUCAUCCCUUCGCCCGGCGUCUGAGAAACAGAUGUUGAGCCUUCGGCCUGAUAACCACUUGAGCAUGAAGACGAGAAGCGAGAUGGAGAUGAUGUAAUGGCACUGUGGCCCAGGAGAAAAGCCCUCUUUUGUGUCGACUGUGCGAUGGUGUGAAAAAAGGCCACCCUCCCGUUUCCUUUCCCCGGCAAACCCCCAAAACACAGCCGAGUCUGCUGGAAGCGGGCCGAAGUGAUCUUACCACUUGGCAAGCACACACCCCAUUACCACAUCCAUACUCUCUCAGACAUGCACGCAUACACAUAGUGCAUAGAGAGGACAGUUUUUUUUUUUGUUUGUUUUUUGCCCCCCACUCCGAACGCUAAAAGGGUGACAUCAUCGGCUGCCACCACAAUGGGGUCGUUCUUCUGCUGAAGGCCCUCGUGGGCCACGUCAUCGCACCACAGGAAGAGAGGAGGUAACAGUCAGACAGAUGGAUAGAGAGGUCAUGGAUAUGGUAGAGCAUGCUGGGGCAGGAGCUCUGGCCUCAGUGAGACUCAUCGGGCCAGAAGGCCUGGUGGCGCUGCUGGAGGGCGGACUGGACCGCGUGCUCCUGAUUGACAGCAGGCCCUUCGUGGAUUAUAACACCUCCCACAUCCUCGAGGCGGUCAACGUCAACUGCUCCAAGCUGAUGAAGAGGAGGCUGCAGCAGGACAAGGUGCAGAUCGCCGAGCUUCUGCAGCAUUCGGCCAAGAAGAAGUUGGAACUACAGAAUCAGGAAGUGGUGGUCUACGACCAGAGCUCGUCCGACCCCUCGUCCCUGUCAUCAGAGACCUUCCUGAGCGUCCUAUUGGCCAAGCUCGAGAGGAGUUUCCCGUCCGUCCACCUGCUCACAGGUGGGUUUGUGGAGUUCUCGAAUCUGUUCCCGGGUCUGUGUGAAGGAAAGUGUAUGCUGGUGCCCUCCUGUAUCUCACAGCCAUGUCUUCCGCUCAACAGCAGCGGUCCUACACGCAUCCUGCCUCAUCUCUACCUGGGCUGUCAGAGAGACGUGCUCAACAGGGAUUUGAUGCAGCAGAACGACAUAGCAUACGUCCUCAACGCCAGUAACACGUGUCCCAAACCCGACUUCAUUCCCGAGUCACACUUCCUGCGCGUGCCCGUCAACGACAGCUUUUGCGAGAAGAUCCUGCCGUGGCUGGACAAAUCCGUGGAGUUCAUAGAAAAAGCGAAAGCUUGUAAUGCCAGAGUUCUGGUUCACUGUCUGGCAGGGAUUUCCCGAUCAGCCACCAUCGCUAUUGCGUACAUCAUGAAGAGGAUGGAUAUGUCCCUAGAUGAGGCAUACAGGUUUGUGAAGGAGAAGAGGCCGACCAUCUCGCCCAACUUUAACUUCCUGGGCCAGCUUCUAGACUUUGAGAAGAAAAUCAAGAGCCCAAACGAAGUGGCAGCUAAGGGUAAGGCAGUGCAGGCUGAACUGACCGACAAACCAAGCUCUGCACCGGAGAACGAGUGUUGUGCCCCGUGCUUGUCCAGUGGAAGCGGAGUGGAGAUAUCUCCCCUGGUUCCACUGGAGCCUCUGACACUACCCUGUGUACUGGCUGGGGUUCCUGAGGAACAACUUCUGGCUCAGGCCCUGUGCAGUCUGCAGUUGAGUGAAGAAAUGGAGGACAGCAUGCGCUUGAAGCGCUCCUUCUCGCUGGACAUCAAGUCGUACGGAGAGCCGAGCGUUGGCGCGCCUUUACGCACGUUUGGAAAUGGAGACGGUCCAGACUACUACAAACCAUCCACGUUUAAAGAUCCAACAGUAAAACCUUGCCAGUUCUCCCCCGUGGAGGAGGUUUCGGAGCAGUCGACUCCCGAGCAGAGUCCGGACAAGGAGCAAGCCGAAGGUCCCACAGCGACAAGCAGCAACACGUCCACUAACUCCGCCAAAUCUGGUCACUGCAACAACCCCAGCCAAGCCAUAAAGCCUCAUCCUGCAGCCUUGAAACCCCCUCCUCCACCCGCCUGCCCCCAGCCGCUGCAAAGGAGCGGCAGCAUGGAGGAGACGGCGAGCACCGCCAGCUUUCUGCUCGGCCUUUCACGCUCGCAGCAGCAGUUGGCCAAAACUGGGUUAGGUGCUCUAAAAGGCUGGCACUCCGACAUCCUUCUGGCGCCCGUCACCGGUGGCUGGUACCUCUCGUCUGAGUCAGCACGGUUCUACUCCACCUCGGCCAUCUUCAGCAGCGGAGGCAGCGGAGGAGCUGGUGGCACACAAAGCAGUUUCACUGCCACAUUCAGCUGCAGUCAGGGUUUGGAGGCGGUGAGGAGGCGCAGCAGACAGAGGAGCAGCGAACGUGGAGACUCGCGCCGCAGCUGGCACGAAGAGAGCAGCUUCGAGAAGCAACUCAAACGGCGAAGCUGCCAGAUGGAAUUCGGUGACGGCAUGACCGAGACCCGCUCCAGAGAGGAACUGGGGAAAGUAGGCAGCCAAUCCAGCUUCUCCGGGAGCAUGGAGGUCAUCGAGGUGUCCUGAAAGGAAACAAUUGAAUGUCACUCUCUUUUAAACUAAAUCGUUUUGGACUUUUUGAUAAGAAGGAAGAUUUUCGCGGCUUAUUUCCCAGCGCAAAAUCUUAUCCAAGUGCUUUUACAGACUGUAAAGUAGUAGUGGUGCUUCAUAGGCUUUUCCCCACUGACCAAGAAUUAUUUUUGUAUUACUCUAGCUGAAUCUUGCAGGUGAUGAUGUCCACUGAAUGCAACUCCCUUUCACUGAUUGUGCAAAAGUGGAUACACCAACACUUUAAGUUGAUUUAUUUUUUGUUUUAGCUGAGCCUAUUUUUCUGUCAGUGGAUCAGUAUUGAUUAAUUACCCUUUUCCAUCUAUGUUGUGAUUGAUCUGAUAUGUUUGUCUGAAUCAUGAGCCCAAAACUCGAAGCUGAAAUGGUUUGAAGAUAUUUCUGCAUGCUCUGACAAAAGGGUGUCUACGUAGCAACUAUACAGUACCUCACGACUCCAAACUAAGGGCUUUUCUCUCUUUCUCUUUUUUUUUUUUUGCUUUUACUCAAAAGUGUAGCUUUCAAUGGUUAAAAUCUCAGGUCUUAUAUCAAGCAGCAGGAAAAGACAUUUCUAAAGAAGUCCCUUUUUGCUUUUCUUUUUGGUUGUUUGUUUUCUUUCUCUCUCUCUCUCGAAUGAUGGCGUUAAGAUUUAAAUGCCUGUAAUGAGUUUUUUCUUUUACGUCAGAUGAUCCGCAAUCAUCUCUUCAUAUAAAACAGAAAGAUUAAAAGUGUAUGUUAGCUGAAUGAGUGAAGAGUGGGAGUGAGCUAGGUUCAGGUCGAGGUGGAGCUGGAAAAGGCCAGGUGUUGUAGCUGGUUGUGUAAAUGGUGGGUUGUAUUACGCGAACGCUGGGGAAGAGGAAGAGGCUGGGACUCUCGUUCAAAAGGCGCAAUUUGAUCUCGCUCCGAGAUCAGAGCGGAUUAUCGUCCUCUCGAACAAACGUCUUUUUAUUUUGAGUAUGGAAAAUAAACAACGUUUCAAGUUGUUUUCAAACCUACCCUGUAUUUUGAGACGUCAUUUUGCGUCGUUUGCAUAAUGAUCUGACUUUUUUUUUUUUUUUAAACGUCAUCGCCAUCAUGUUCUCAGCCUACUACCCGACAUAAGAUGCUAUGACAGUAAGCAUUUUUUUGGACAGAUUUGUCCAAUUAAUCAAGGCGGUAACACAAAGCCAGCUAUCUCCAGAACAAAAUCCUCACAAAUGCAGACACAGACUAAGACCAGACAGAUUUUUUUUUUUUUUUAGAGUUUAGCAUUAAAAAAAUGCCACGCAAGAGGUUUGCAUAUACAUUAAACACCACGACAAGAAUGUCGCAACUCUAUCUACAGUCAGGAAAAUGUUUAAUCCAAUUAGAUACGCGUUUAUUUUAAUCCAUUUAAACCUAAGCAGAUAUCUCUGAUAUCGUACUGCAUGAUAUCCAGCCUUAGUCGUACUUUUGAUUAAACACCAGAUCAAGAGUUGUGUGGGUUACACAGAUGUAUUAGUAUCGAUCUAACAUCUGUUCCUCACAUGCAACUCGAACUUAAAAGGCUUUCACAGAUUUCGGGUCAUAUCGUGUUUAGUUUCUGGGAAGCAUCACUACAUGGUGAUAAUUGGCAAACGAUUGAGCAGGCGAGGCGUCCCACUGACCCUAUGUACUUUCCGAUGCUUUUGAGAAACUAUACCUAGUACUUUCGGUGCAAGGCCCGAAGUAUGUGAACACCUGUCCAUAACAUUCAAAUGUGGGUUUUUCCCCCAAACUGUUGUCACAAAGUUAAAAGCAGACAAUUGUAUAGAAUGUCUUUGUAUGUCGUGUCUCUUGUCGGGAAUUAAAACCUGUUCGAGCAUGAAAAUCCUGCAGGUUAUAAAGCCAGCUUCAUUGAGACAUUGUGUGUUAAGGUUGAAGUAAAAGAACAACACCAUCAUCUGUAAUGGAACGCCGACUGCACUUCAUUCACAGGAAAUAACCCUGGAUUGGGAUGUUCAAAAAGGACAAGCAUCUGUGAUGACCAGGUGUCCGCAUACUUUUGGCUAUAUAGUUUAUUUUGCCCGAUAUUCAAUCUAUAGCAGGACAAUCGGUUGACUCUAAAACCACCAUAACCUGUGGAAGGUGGCUGACUACAAUUUUAUAUAUAAAUUGUUAUACUACCCAGUUCUUAUAUAAAAUAUCAGAUGAAGUAUUGAGGUCCCGUCAGUAUUGAAGGCGUGUAUGGUAAGUGGUUUCUAGCUCGACGUCUUUUCACUUCUGAACAAAGUGAAUCGGGACAGUGUUUAAGGCUCUUCAGGUAUUUAAACAUUUAAUUAAUACUUGCCCUAAAACAAGGUAUCGCCUACUCAAACAAGGACCUGCUUUGUUUCUAAUCUCCAUCUAAUGUUCCUAAUCGGCUCUCCAAGCUAGGAAUGUUUUCAGGAACGUGCCGUGUCCGCCUCUUUCUGCAUUCAGUAAUGAGCCAGAUCCUAACAGCUUUUAAAAAAACAAAACAAAUACAGAUACAGGUGACAAAAGCUGUGGCUUCUUAAAGCUGUGAAAAUUCGUCAGUAAAUAAGUAAAUUCUUUGUAAUUAGUAAAAAAUAAUGUUUUUUAUUAAAUCCUCCAAUGAAAAUGUUAGAAUCAGCAGUUUUACUACAAACUGCCUUUUGAACUAUUGAGCCUCUUAAACCAGGAGAAGUCCUGGUUUAACCAUUUGCUAGGGCUUUAAAAAGACAACGAGGUGUACAGCAAGUCCCGAAGCUGGGCCAAGUAAAAAUUCCUAUAGGUAAAUCUUUAUGGACAAAUUACAGCAUAUAUACAUACAUAUAUAUUUUUUCCUAACUGAAUGACUGCGUUAUGAUCGUGCCUACAUAACAGAGAAGUGUAAAGAUGGAGAUGGUACACGUGUGCGGAGUGUAUGGAAUGUGUGAGUGGAUUGUGGAGAUGCUUGAGAGUAUGAUGUGCCUUUUCCUUCCAGCAUAUGCAUUUUUUUUUUCAUGGCAAAUCUUUAAUGUUGGUGGUUCUUAGUUGUAUGUUUGACAGUUGAAAUAAACCUAAACCGGUACUCAACA